GCGCCAAAGCAUUGGUAUAGUACAGUGCGUUUGUAUUGUUUUCUGAUAAUUUCUACCUCUUUCCUCGGCGAAUGUGUCUAAGUAAGUACUAUGUACAGCUAGCUAUUCUUUCAUAGUCAGAACUGCGAUUGCAGAGCUUGAAAAUUGAAAUAUCUACAGAUCGAUUGCAUGUACGCGCGGCGUGGAGAAGCCAUCAAGAACAUGGCCAACAAGUUUGACGACGUGACAGCGGGCCUGGCGGAGGACUUCGUCAAGGCCUACAAGGGCAAUUUCCGUCGUGGAAAUCUGCGAGGAACCGCACAAAAACACGAGGAUGACCUCUGCGGGCAGCUGCUCGCCCAGCCCGAAUCACAGGACAUCCUUGACCGCAUCAUGGCCAAGGCGAAGCGCUGACUUAGUGGAAUGGGGUACAUUGUCCGCCUAGUAGAAUGUUGUGGCUCUCUAAUGAGUUGACCGAGGGAAGGCGUGCCCGUCUCCUGGUCCACCUGUACGAUUGGUUUUCAGAAUGAACAACGCGAUUUAACGAAGCGAAGUCGCCACAUCUCCUCCUUGUGAAUAUGUAGAAUAUAAU